GCCAAAACAGGUGCGAAGAGUACCAUGCAGACCUAGCAAAGCUUGACAUGCAUGAGGAGCGAUGCAAGGGCACUGGGGCGGUAGUCCGGCCGGCUAGCCACCGGUAUCUUCUGGGCGAGGCUGUCGAGAUCUCCCCCCCAUCUAUCAUCAUCGUUGGCCGCAGUUCCUCUUGGCCACCAGAGUCGUGGAAAGCCGGUCAGGAUACAAUAUACGCUGGCCUACCGAUUUGGGGGAAGAAGAUCCUUGAUCACUACGCUGCGUAUAGUGGUCAGCAGGGUUCUGGUGUUGUAUAUGUGGCUUGCCAUGUGGUUACAAGGGAUCUGCCCGCUCCUGACCUCAAAGACUCUCAUCUGGAAGCGCAACAAUCUGGUCGGUGGAGCAAACACACCGCUUGGGGGUUCACGCAGGCGAUCCUAAAAGACAUCGAAGCUGCCAGCGAGGCAGGAAUAACGCCGACGUUGCUCUCUGUCGGCUUAGAUGGCUGGGUCUCAGACGUGAGGAUGCUUCUUCCGUGGCUAUAAGGCCACAAUCUCCAGUUCAACCUUGAGCUGCGAAUGAACAAGCUCCACUACGGAAUGUCAGAUCGCUUUGUGACGUUGCACCAUGGAGUGUACUGGGCAAGCCACAGCCCCACUCGCGUUCUCCAGGGGCUUAAAGAACGCCCUGGAGGCGACAAAGCCAUCGACGAGCUCAUUGAUACGUGGGCAAAGCUACAGAACCAGUUCGAGCAGGUUUAGGGCUCAACGACAAGACUGCAUUCACCAAAUGGCAUGCGUCAGGUUUGUUCAAGCCGCACUGGGACAUUUUCGAGAAGGGCUAUCUGGCAACCGAUCGCUUCAACGACGGCAAGAAGGGGGCUGAGUUUCAGCAUGUGUUCGAGCAAAUUCGCGACGGCCAGGCCAAUGGCGCCUGUCGUUACUCUGCACGCGAUGCUGAGCUCAAGUUGGCUACCGGGCUCGACUGGCAAGCAUGGUUGCUCUACCAGGUGG